AUGGUCCUCACAGUCUGCUUUGAUGUCUUACAGACAUGCUUCUCCCUCGAGCCGCUCGUCGACGCUAUGGAGGAAGUGAUGGGUGAACAGCUCCGCGCUGCUGGUUCUGGACCUCGCUCAGUCGUGCUGGACUGGUUCCACUCUGCCCAGCGAGACUUUACCAUGCUCUCGGUGAUCUCUGCGCCCCCUCCGCCCAUCGCACAGAUCCUCAAGCUCACUCUUCCCCGAGCACUCACAUACGCGCUCACCUCUACCCACCCCACCGAUGUGUCCCUCACGUCCACUUCCCUCCCCUCGCUCGACAAGAUCACGUCCACACUCACAUCCCUCAGCCCCGCUCCUGGGCUCGUUGAGGCCUGGACAAAGCUACAUGAGGCGGGCGCCAAGGUCAUCCUCGUCACCAACGGCUCGGAAGCCACUACGCGCGGAUACGUCAAGAAUGCGGGGUUGGAGAAGCUGGUCGACCGGGUAGCGAGCUGCGAUGAUGUGGGUGCAGCCAAGCCGGAUGCGAGGGUCUACGCCCGCGCGCACCAGGUGUGCUUCGAGGAAGGGGGCGUGAAGGAUCAGGGGGACAGGUGGUUUGUCGCCUGCCACACCUGGGACCUUGCCGCUGCGAGGUACAAUGGAUUCAAGACCGGACUCGUGCUAUGCGAGCAGCCUCCAAUCGGGGAGGCAGAUCGCAAGUCGCUCACCGACCAAUACUGGGGUCUUUACGGAGGCAAGCCAGACGUCGUGGGUGCAGAUCUGGAGAAGGUGAUUAGUGAGAUACUGGAGAGUAGGCCGGCUUAG